AUGAGAAAAUCUAAGAAAAUCCGAGUUUUACGCCUAGAAACUGCAGUUUUCAGGGAAAAAUCUACAGACGUCACACUUGAAGUUCGAAAUUUCGUUCAAAUUAGAAACAUCGUGGAAGGAAAUCCAAUUUUUCGGCGGAAAAUUCCAAAACAAUCAGGGAAGCUGAAAUUCGGAGGGAAUUCUUCUCUGAAGCUUCAAACAGAGCAACUUGGCCAGGAAAACAGACCAAAAUCUCCUUCUGUCUCUCUGAAACCUAAAAGACCAGAAGAUUUUUUGACUUUAGCUUCAGAUGACUACAAAUCAGAAAUUCUGCCGGUUUUAACCGGAUUCAAGCCAAUUUUGCUGGAAACUUUGAGGAAAUCGAGUAAAAACUCUAUUUCUCAAAAUUUUGGUCAAAAUUUCCGAGAAAAAAUGCUGAAAAUUGUGACUCCAGCGUAG